AUGCCCAGCAGCAGCGGCAGUAGCAGCAGUGGCAGGAGAAGCUUGCCUUGGCUCUCCGCCAUCCCAGAACUGUGCCACACUGGAGAGUUCUGUGUGUAUGCGCCCGGCAGCAACGGUGAUAGCAGCAGUGGGGGGAGAGCUUGCCUUGGCUCUCCACUAUCCUGGAACUGUGCCACACUGGGGAGUUCUCCUACGUGGAUGCACCUGACAGUAGUAGCUGUAGCAGCGGUGGCAGAGCACACCCUGCCUUCGGGGAUCCAUUCUCCAAGCCAAAUCAACUGCAAUGAGGAUUUCUGUGUGGACGCUCCCGGUGGCGGUGUGCUCAGCGGAAUCUUAAAUAGACAAUGUUUUUGUCUUAUUCUCCUCCUCCCCCUUUCUUUUUCAGUUGCCUUUGGCCUGUACUUUCCCCGGAAGGAGUAUCUUGAAAACGUUUACCUGGAACAACCAGAAGGGACACCUUUAUUACAACUCCAUGCCUUAAAAGAUUCAGAAGAGGAAGAAGCUUUCUAUUGUUUAGUCCCAGAUACGGGACCCAAAAACAUCUGGUUUCAGAUUGGCGAGAGAACGGGACUCCUAUACCUCAGCAAGAGUCUGGAUAGAGAAGACUUCAUUGUCCUUUCUUCGGGAAAUCCAGUGGCCAAAGUCAAAGUCGUGCUCCGUGUUUUCCUCUCUGCCAAACCUUUCCAAGCCAAAACCUGUCUUGGCUCAGCUAUGACUUUGGUCAUACUCUCGGUCAUCAAUGGCACCGUGCCGGCAUGCAGCUCUGCAAUGUCCAGCCAGCUUUGCUUUCCUGCCAUGGACCUCUCUUUUCAAAUCAUGGAGAACAAGCCCCCUGGAAUCUUCCAUCAGCUCCAGUCUUUUGCCCUGCAGUACCAGUGUCACAACGUCAGCAUUUCCUACAAGCUUAUCACAGAUGAGAACCUGCCCUUUUAUUAUAAUGAGGAGACCACCACUAUAGGAGUGUCCAAACCCCUCGACCGAGAAGAACGGGAAAAGUAUGAGAUGUUGGCUCAGUGCACCUUGAAGGAAGGCUCCCAGGAGACGCUCAAGGAGGUCCCUCUGCUCAUCCAUAUUCUGGAUGAAGACGACAUGCCUCCUUUCCUGUCCAAUGGGACCAGCACAACGGACGCCAUAGUGGAGUUCAAAAGAGAAGAGGGCACCGUCUUGGCAGCAUUAUCAGUCCUGGAUACAGACACAACUCCUAUCUACCCUAUCGAUACCAGCAGGAAGAAAUAUACGGGCACCAUUAAUUCAUCAGAUCCGUGGAUACAGGAAACGUUUCGUGUGGACCAUCUCUUCCACGAGAUCAAUUUCCACCCAAAUGGCAGCCAAGUGCGGGGCACGCAACACGAAUAUAAGUUGAUACUAAACAGGACUGUUUCCAUUACGGAAAGCCGUUCCAUCCUGUUGGAUGUCAUUGUGAACGACACAACGUAUCAGGGGCCUGACAAAUCCUUGACCCUUCACUUCAACGUCUCCAUCCUUCUGGUCUCCAUCCAUUUCUCAAACCCAACCUAUCGGUUCAGGGUGAACAGAAAUGCCGCCAACUUUUCACAAAUAGGAAAACUCUGCAUUGACAACUGCAUGAAGUUUUACGGUGUCAGCAUCACCUACAGCUUAGAGAGUCCAAAUGUCAGCUGCUACGCGGUGGAGGUGGCUCCAAGCCACGAUGACAAGUACGGGAUUCUCUACGUGAACAACUCAGCCCUGCUGCAGAGCCCCGAAUGCAGAGUAAUCCACUACCCUGUGCUAGCUAAAGAGGAGUGGAGCAGGAAGGAAGCUUUCGCUCAUCUUACUGUCAUACUUGAAGGAUCACUUAUACAGAAUGAUAAGAACUGUCCAGACUCCUGUGCUAUGAGCAAAAGGCGACCUGAGUGUGAAGAAUGUGGAGGUUUUGGAGUACUGAUGGGAAAAUGCCAGUGGAGGCAGGGAAGCGGGAAAGGAAUAACCACCAACUACUCCACCUGUACUCCAAGCAUCAAGACAUGUCCAGACGGCAUUUGCGAUGCUGUAGAGAGCAAAGAUAAGAGAAUCUGCCCUCAAGAUUGCACAAGAACCAACAUUAUUGGAGGUCAUCUGAAAGGGAGCCUUGGAACUGGAAUCAAGGCAGGACACGGAGUUUGUCACUGCUUUCCAGGAAUAAGCUGCUACUGUGCGAAAGAUGAUAUCAGGGAUCCUUUUUGUGAUGACAUGUGCAAAAUGGUGAUUGCAGGUGGAGUCCUGCUCUCCUUCAUUAUCUCAGUUGUCCUUUCUUCCUACUUCAUUCAUCGAUACCACAAGAAUGCGCCAAAAACACCCAUCGCCUCGGCAGAGAUGACCUUCCGGCGGCCGGCUCAGGCCUAUCCCAUCAACUACUCAUCCAAUAAUGUCCGUCGACCAUCAAUGGACUCCGAGAACCAAAUGUCAGUAGAUGCAUUUAAAAUACCUGAAGAUCCCAAGUGGGAAUUUCCUCGGAAGAACCUGGUGCUCGGCAAGACUCUUGGCGAGGGAGAGUUUGGAAAAGUUGUCAAAGCGACAGCCUUCCGACUCAAGGGCAAAGCUGGCUAUACCACGGUGGCAGUGAAAAUGUUAAAAGAAAAUGCUUCAUCAAGCGAGCUUCGAGAUUUACAUUCUGAGUUCAACCUUUUAAAACAGGUGAACCACCCUCAUGUCAUCAGGCUGUAUGGUGCUUGUAGCCAGGACGGGCCUUUAUACUUAAUUGUGGAGUAUGCGAAAUACGGCUCCUUACGAAGUUUCCUAAGGGAAAGCCGGAAAGUGGGAACCAGCUACAUGGGAAGCGAUACCAACAGAAAUUCCAGCUACUUGGACAAUCCAGAUGAGCGGGCUCUCACUAUGGGCGACCUGAUCUCAUUUGCGUGGCAGAUCUCCCGUGGCAUGCAAUACCUUGCCGAGAUGAAGCUUGUUCAUCGUGAUUUAGCAGCCAGGAAUGUCUUAGUAGCCGAAGGGCGUAAAAUGAAGAUUUCUGACUUUGGUUUGUCUCGCGACGUUUAUGAAGAAGACUCUUAUGUCAAGAGGAGCAAGGGUCGAAUACCUGUAAAAUGGAUGGCCAUAGAGUCCCUCUUUGAUCACAUCUACACAACCCAGAGUGAUGUAUGGUCAUUUGGAGUGCUGUUAUGGGAAAUUGUGACCCUCGGAGGUAAUCCAUAUCCAGGAAUUGCUCCAGAGAGGCUGUUUAACCUCUUAAAAAACGGCUAUAGAAUGGAGAAACCGGAAAACUGCAGUGAGGAGAUGUAUAAUUUGAUGCUUCACUGCUGGAAACAGGAACCAGAUAAGAGGCCAACGUUUGCUGAGAUCAGUAAAGAAUUAGAAAAAAUGAUGGUCAAAAGGGACUAUUUAGAUCUGGCCGCUUCCACUCCUUCGGACUCUCUGCUUUACGAUGAUGGACUCUCGGAAGAAGAGAUGCCCCUUGUGGAUUGUAAUAAUGUUCCCCUCCCUCGAACACUUCCUUCCACAUGGAUUGAAAACAAACUCUAUGGCAUGUCAUACCCGAACUGGCCCGAAGAGAGCCCUGUUCCACUUGCCAGAAGCGAUGGGCCUAAGGCUGUGUUUUCAAGAUAUGCAAAUGAUAGUGUUUAUGCUAACUGGAUGGUUUCACCCUCAGCGACCAAAUUUAUGGACAGAGUUUGAUAGUUAACAAUUACUUGGUGGAAGGUAACCGAUGCAGGAAGGAGCCCCCCCUCCCCGUGUCCAAAGAGUUGACCCCCCCCCACAGCUCGUUCUUUGAGUAGCAACAACUGGUUGAAGCAAACAGGAAUGUCAAGGAUGGGGAAAACGUUCCCUUUACUUUUGAAAUUUACUUAAAUUUCAAUCUGCUUUUUGGUUUCUAAAAUGUGUCCUCCCGGUUUCCCUUCUCUGAUCGUCCCAACUCUCUAAAGUCCUAAACGUGGCAUUAAAAGAGGGGGGAAACAGACUAAGAUGGUUGCCACGAUGACAUGGUCCAAAGGCUGCCAUUUUGAGUCCCCUUGAUCUCCUCUCUGGCAGAUGCCUGUAACUAUUUUAGUUUUCUUUUCUUUUUUGCCUCAAAGUGUUCUCCAAGAAUUUAGAUUUGAUGCAGCCGCUGGAUUUCUUGUCCGAAUAAUGUCGCAUUCCUGAAACGGCUGUUUUAUGGGGGCGGGGAGCGAAAGCCUUUGGUUUCACUAGCGACUUCUCUUCCUUGUGGUCGUUGUUAAGAAACAGGCAAAUUAAAGCAAGAAGCACAAAGUGGGAAAGCACUUGUCUAUUUUCCCCCCCAAAAAAACCGCAUCAGCUUAAUCUCACGUUAAGCAUUCGCAUUGAAUUGGCAGUAGGAAAUUGAUUUGGGAUAACGGAACAAAAAACGAAAUUUUGGAAACCUGUAGUAAUGUACUGUUCUGUGGUUAUGGGGAAAAUAAGUGUUCUUUUUUAAAAAAAGAAAAGAAAAACAAAAAAAAUCAGGGUUAAAUUGUCCUUACCGUUAGCACAAUAGAAAACUUUGAUAUCUUAGAAACUAGAAUAGAGACUUAAUCUUAGAAUACCCACCCAAUAUAAUUUGUUUUCCAUCACAUUCCUUCCUUCUGUGGUUAUCUUAACGUGGGCUCCAGAUGUUUUGAAACAAGCAAACUGACACAAAAAGAACCAGUUUAAUUUUAUUCCAUAAUUUUUACUUCUUUCAUCAAAAUUUUAUUUCCGUCACCCACAUCCGGGACGGAUUCCCUCAUAACCAUGGCGAAUAAACUUCAAAUGCAUUUUUAUCUCCAAGUCUUUCCCUUCCUUAGACCAAAUUUCUGCCUUCCACUUUUAGUUCCACUUAAAUUGUUAUGGUUCUCAGUCUUUAGUUAAUAUUAACAAGGAUUUUUUCAAAUCUCAAUGUUGAAACACCAGGAUAGAUACUCUCAGAGACAAUCUUGUUGGUCAUGAAGAAUUGACACUGACUUGAUGGUACAUCAUCAUUCUCUUCCUAUUCUAUAGUCCGAACCACGUUAAAGCAGAAAUCUUGGUUACGUUAACCACAGUUCAUUAGUAACCACAAAUUGUUCAGUUGUGAUGAAGACACAUAGUUGGAGAGGGGAAGGUGGCAUUCCCAGUAACUGUGAAAACCAAAGGUAACCGAAAAUGAGUGUUGGAUCUGCUAUUAGCCCCAACAGACAUUUUAAUUUAUAUGAUUCCUGUUUGUGUGUGAAAUGUGUGAAUACGGUACACACUCCUUGUCUCAUAUUUAAUCUUUAUUCUCUCUGUGUUUGUGUUUUUCCUCCUCCCAUCCAUGUAGCAAAAAAAAAUGUCUAAGGUUGUUGUCUUUUUCCAAAGAGUUAAAGCUAAAACCAGAUGUGAUGUUUUCAAUUUUGGCACAGUGUUUUUGGAAGCGGGCUGACAUUUACAGAGUUUUCUUGCAACACGUAGCAGAAAGUGCAUUACAUGAUUGUGUUUGUUUGUUUUUUGUUCGUCGUUUCAACAAUUUCUAAAGAAUGCUGGAAUGUUAAUCCAACAUUUUUAUCCUUUUGGGAUACUCCUGCAUAUUGAAAAUAUACCAAAGCAUUGCUCAUCCCAUCUCUUAGGUUUCAGCUGAGUAAUUGUGUGCCUCUCCUGUAUGUGCUCCAAUUAUUUCAGAAAUCAUGAGUCAGAUUGCCAAAAAACAAUCACACCAGAGGGCUGAACACCUCCUUAGGAUAACUUGGUUUCCAAAUAAGCUACUUUUCAGAUGAAAGAACAGGAGGACAAUUUCUGUUCUGUAAAUUAUGAUAUUAUGCAUUUGUGUUUACAAGGAAAAAAAUGUAUCUGUGUACACAGAUGUCCAACAGCUGUCAGUAUCCUGUAACAAGCAGUCAUCUCAAAUAAUAAUAAUAAUAAAUAUGUAAAUGUUGGAGUUUUAAUAAUUCUUUGGAGUUCAGCCAGAAGUUCUGCAAUGACUGAAAUGUACCCAUCAUAAAAUGGAGCCCUUGAGGAUUGUCCAGUUUGGGCCAAAGGAAGAA